AUGAAAAUUAGCCUACAUGUCCUUAUAAGAGAGAAACAUAAAGCCAUUUUUGCUCAAUCUGAACAGAAGAAGAACAUGCGUGUGUUUGUCAUCUGGAUAUUUUUGCGGUUGUGUUCACUACGGGAUGGUGCCGCUGGUCAAGGACAAUCCACUCCGGCUAUUUGUUCGUCCUCAUGCAGCUGCGACGAGGACGGAGGCGCGGAUUGCUCUGGGAAGGGUCUGACCACUGUUCCAACUGGUCUAAGCGCCUUCACCUACUAUCUGUAAGUAUCAACACAUUGAAACUGUAAUAAAACACGAUUAAACCUACAAUCAAUCUCUCUCCCUGGUUAGGACGUGUUUGUAACGGCAAGGUUGGCCACUACUUACUCGAGAGGGACACCUCUCCACGUCACUACUAGAGCAAACUUUUGCACAAUGGCUGUCAAUGAAGCCAAAUAAUAGAGUGCGUUUAUACAACUUCUGGUUGUGGAUCAGUUAUUAAACUAAUAACAAACACAUUAUUGUGGUUGGUAUAAGUGGGCAAACACAAAGAAUGAAGAACAGCCAGAGGAAAAAUAGGCCAUAAAACAAAAGGUUGAUACAGAGUUGGCAAUCACAGAGGUCAGACGUUUCUUGUAGUUGGUCACCAGGUUUCGAGGCUGACGUUUGGCAACUCGAACCUUCAGCUCCCUCCACAGAUUUUCUAUGGGAUUAAGGUCUGGAGACUGGUUAGGCCACUCCAGGACCUUAAUGUGCUUCUUCUUGAGCCACUCCUUUGUUGCCUUGGCCGUGUGUUUUGGGUCAUUGUCAUGCUGGAAUACCCAUCCACAACCCAUUCCAAUGCCCUGGCUGAGGGAAGGAGGUUCUCACCCAAGAUUUGACGGUACAUGGCCCCGUCCAUCGUCCCUUUGAUACGGUGAAGUUGUCCUGUCCCCUUAGCAGAAAAACACCCCCAAAGCAUAAUGUUUCCACCUCCAUGUUUGACGGUGGGGAUGGUGUUCUUGGGGUCAUAGGCAGCAUUCCUCCUCCUCCAAACACGGCGAUUUGAGUUGAUGCCAAAGAGCUCCAUUUUGGUCUCAUCUGAGCACAACACUUUCACCCAGUUCUCCUCUGAAUCAUUCAGUUGUUCAUUGGCAAACUUCAGACGGGCCUGUAUAUGUGCUUUCUUGAGCAGGGGGACCUUGCGGGCGCUGCAGGAUUUCAGUCCUUCACGGCAUGGUGUGUUACCAAUUGUUUUCUUGGUGACUAUGGUCCCAGCUGCCUUGAGAUCAUUGACAAGAUCCUCCCGUGUAGUUCUGGGCUGAUUCCUCACCGUUCUCAUGAUCAUUGCAACUCCAUGAGGUGAGAUCUUGCAUGGAGCCCCAGGCCGAGGGAGAUUGACAGUUAUUUUGUGUUUCUUCUAUUUGCGAAUAUUCGCACCAACUAUUGUCACCUUCUCACCAAGCUGCUUGGCGAUGGUCUUGUAGCCCAUUCCAGCCUUGUGUAGGUCUACAAUCUUGUCCCUGACAUCCUUGGAGAGCUCUUUGGUCUUGGCCAUGGUGGAGAGUUUGGAAUCUGAUUGAUUGAUUGCUUCUGUGGACAGGUGUCAUUUAUACAGGUAACAAGAAGUAUUGGCUAGGCUAUUUUUUUUUUUAAUGCAAUGGUUGCCAAAAUUGUUGAUGCUGGUCCAAACUCAUUCACUUGCUGAAAUUUCCUUAAAAUGAUACCUCAUAUACCCUAGUUUUUACUCUACUGGAAAGCAUACAAGCUAUAGCAUAUUCCUUGGCCUGGGACCUGAACCUUCACUUUCUUAGACCACGGCCAUGAUCGUUUACACUCAUAUUCAGGGACAUGUGGAAUAGUAGUCCAUCAUCGGUGUAAAGCAAGAAGGUGGAUUUGUCUUCAUUUGCUGAUUCUUCGGCCUGACUUGGCUCUGUAGUCUGGACUGACUCCUUGGUGAGAUGUGAUGGAAUACAACUAUGAAGACGUCUUGUGCCUGUGGUUGUGAGAAGGUGGAGGUUUGAUCCGAACAGGCAUUGACAGAGGGAACCUCAUAUAAUGCUUUGGUGUAUACCUUUAAUUUGAUCUUUAUAAUAUUGGCGAUCAGACAUACAGAGGUCCCAGAAAUACCCAGGCAGGAAGGUGAUUGUACCUGCCUGAGACUGUUUUUAUCCUGAAUGCUGCUCCACUUACCAACUCACAUCAUGGCAGAGAAAGUCCCAGGUCACUUUAGGUGUAUGCCUACCCCUAAAAGAAAACACUGUGGACACACUUACCCAUCAUCUCAGAGACAGUUGUUGUGGUUGGUAUUCUGAUAUCUGCAUGACAUAUCCUUUACAUAUGCAUAACAUGUCCUUUACAAAGUGAUGCAGGAAAACCUUUCAAAUUCAUCUUACAGGGAUACCCCAGAAUUUACCCCAGAAUUAGUCAGUUGGGUAACACUUUACUGUAAAAAUUAAGUCUUAUUUACUAUACUUCCAAAGUUUCCUAAGUUGCAAAAUUGUGGCCCAAUCAACUUAUCAACAUGGGGAAAAUGUGCAAUGUGAAAUUGUUUGUAGACUGUAUAUUUUUAACUAAGAAAAACAUUUUCUGGAUCUUGGCCAGGAACCGCCGAAAGGAAAAAGCUGUUGUGAUCAACACCACAAAAUAACAACUAAACCAAAAGCCCUAUGACAUGGAUGUUUUAGUUAGCCUAUAGUUGAUUUGAAGGAAUGGUCAUGGUUUCUUUUCUGUAUUCCCUGUGAUUCCGCCAUCAUAUCUGUCUUUGUCUCUGUACCAAGAAAAGGAAGUUGCUCUGCCCUACCUUACUAGAGAGGAAGAGCAUUACUAACUGAGGAGAGACUGGGACUACAUAGUUAAUACAUUUCUGGUUAACUAGCCUUAAAGGUUUCACAAUGUCUUAGUUAAUGAUAAACUGAGCAGCCGCCCAAGGGCGUCAAAUGGGCUAUGUGUUAUUCAUUGAAGGUGGACCAAGGAAAUGUGCUUCCUAAUGUAGAAAAGAAGGAAGGAUCUGACCUUGAGAAGACUACCCUCUGGGCACACACUGGUUGAAUCAACGUUGAACCAACUUGAAAUAGACGUUGAACUGACGUCUGGGCCUGGUGGGUAUUGAUACAGAACAGUUUCAUAUCCAAGACUGAAUGAGAAAUUGAAAUAUAUACAAUAUCACCAUCACCUUUAUUUACUUAACACAAGCUGAGGGAUUGGUUUUUACCUUUAUUUCCACCUAGGUACCUGAACAUUACACCACAUGGACUGUAAGUCAAUUUUUUUAACUUCUUGAGUGCAUUAAUAUCCGGCAGAAUUGUAGAAAUCCGCAAGCUCUAGUUGACCCAAUAAACCGCCAAUGUAGGGAUGUUUUGUGUCUGGUAAACUGAAGAGAAACAGUGGUAUUUACCAAUGUGUCAACUAAGACACAGUGUAAUGUAUGCUGUUAUCAAACACCAUGUUCUUUUCAGACUUGCAUGUAAGUUACCAACGUAUCCCCAAAUAUUGUAUUACAAUUGCCAAGUCUACUUAUUACGAUUGGAAGUGUGGGCGAGGAGGCUUCUUGUGCGCCUACACUGAGCAAGGUUAACUAAAUGCUUUGUGACAGCUUUUUAGCUCAUAACUAUGUGAUAUAUUCAGUUCAAGCCCUCCGAGUAUUUGACGGGUUGCGUUAGGGCAAUUCCACACUAACAGAGUGAAUUUUCACUUUAAAAUGUAUGUCAAACAAAAACCAGUGAUUUCAAAGUUAAGCAAAUGAUACAACUUCAUGCAUAGGGACUACUUAGCAAUUUCCACAGAACAUUUUACAAAAACACAUUUACUUGUAGAACAGUGCAGAUGCAAAGUUUGGUAAAAGAAUGAUGGCACAAACAGUACAAAACAUAAUUAUGUUACCAAACUGCAUCUGCACUGUUCUUCAAGUAAAUGUGCUUUUGUAAAAUGUUCAGUGGAAAUUGUUAAGUGGUCAAUCAUUGGGUUCUGUUUGAAAUACAUUUUCAAGUAAUGUUUUAUUGGUCUGUUGCUGUGGAAUUGACCCUUAGUGCAGCUGUCUCUCUCUUUCUAUUUCUCUCACUCUGUAUUUUUCUCUCUCUCCCUCUCUCCAUUCAAUGUCUCUUCUCCGUCUCUUAAACUCCCCUUCUUUCCAUUCCUUCUGUGUUUUGGUGAGCAGAGGGCAGGGGUCAUGAUGGAUUAGUGCGACACAUCACAGCUGUAGAAAGACUCUUUUGUCAGAGCUAAUGCACAGGGAGGCUGUGCUGAGCUGGUAAUGCUCCUUACCGGAAGUGAGCUAAUGUUUGUUUUUAAAGAACUAAACAAAAUAUUCACCUCCAUAAUGUCAAUUUAAUCUCAGUUAUCACUCAUCAAAAGUGGAAUUACAUCCUUAGUACUCUUCUAGAAACAUAUUUUGGUAACACUUUACAUUAAGUUGCUUAUUUGCUGACACACUACCGGUAGUCUAUUCUUUGGGGUACACAUCAUCUGCUGUGACGUUUAGUGGCAAUUAUAAGCUUUUUUGCUCAAACAGCAGAAACAGACAGGGAUCAACAAGACAGGCAAGUAGUGAGGAGCUUGAUAAAUUGAGAUAUGGAAAAUUACUGAAGGGAGAGAUUCAUGGACAGGGAAAUUGACUGACACACACACACACACACACACACACACAGAGAUAAUGACAGAAGCAGACAGGUCCAGCAGUCUUACAGGAGGAACAUUGCAGGCCCUGCUGUCCCCACAGGUGGGAGAAUGGUUUCCUAGAAGGUUGGCUUUGUUUGGGAUUUUCCUCCUGCUGUGAUUCCAUCCAGUACAAUCUGCCACCCCAUGAAUGUACUGAAACUGUUGGACAUAGAAGCAGAGAGGAGAAUGGAGGGCAGCAGUUCUGUAUGAAAAUAACUAAAAUAAAUAGGACCACAAACAUUAACUUCAUCUUUUGAAAGUCAGGUCUUUUGUUGGAUUUCUGGCCUUGGAAUUCUGGAAUGUCCUUUUAAAAUUGGAAUAGUUUCAGACAGAGGUAUGACUAGACCUGCUCUUGUCCUGCAUUUGUAGUUAUUUAGAGAGCAUUACUUCGUCAUUCGUCAAAAUUAGUAACCAAUAUACUUGGUCACAAAAUAAUAUUCAGUACUGUACAUUACCACUUUCGUUGGCAAUAUCCUACAAUAAAUUUAUGCAUCUGUUGAUUUGCAUAAUCUUAUGGAAUUUGACACAGAUGGGAAGUGGCCUGUGCCCUUUGUUUUAUCAGUCCAUAAAUCAGUGUGUUGGGUUGGCACCAGCCAGCAGCCCAGGGGAAGGUUGGAGAGGCAGGCUGGGGGGUGGAGCUGCCUGCAGCAUGUUGGUGUGUACAUGACGUUUUUUUAUUGGCAGCUGAAAUGGAGACUCUCCUGCCUGAGGAGAACAGGUGAGGUGAGAGAGAAAUAAGUUCUGGAACCCCCCUCACCCUGUACACCAAUUUCCCCUCUGACAGUGGAUGCCUGCUGCAUCUCUGCUGGAUACGAGUGAUGAAAGAACAUCUCAGCCUCUUGAGGGCUUGGUGACUGUGUCACUCUCAUGUGUGCGGGGACAUGAGGGUUUGGGAUAGGAGGGGGUCACUUCUCACAUCUCAUCUCAAUUGAAGUCCUUUCAUAGUGUGAACAAGCACAAGUUUAGGGGAGGGAGGGGAUAGGGGGACUAGUGCCCUUUCAGUCCACUGGUCCAGCUAGCUCACUCGCCAUUGGUGCCCUCUAUCCAUCUUAAGCUGAAUUAUACUUUUGUUCAUGGUCAGCAGAGGUGAAAGGAGCCAGUCACUGGUUCCCGCUCCCAAACAGGAUGACUGCUAGAUGGUAGAAUGUUUACCAUUGGCCCCCCCCCCCCCUGCUCUGUCUGUCUCUUUCUCUCUCUCCCUCAUACACAACUCUCACUCUCUUUUACUUCUAAUCACUUACUCAUCUUCCUAAUUUUCAUCCUCUUUUUCCAUAAUCCUCUCCAACUCUCAUCAUCACAUUCUCUGUCAAUCUCUCUCGGUUCAAUUCAAUGUUGUAAAUUGGCAUACAAAGCAUACAUUAGAAUAGCAAAAUAACAAUACGUUUAAUGAAAGCUAACAACAACAACUCCCAUACCCAUAUCAAUCACUUCUCUCCCCCUCUGUCUCUGACAUGUUUGCCUUGCAGGCUGGUUGUUUGUACUCUAGCUAUAGUGAAUCAGUCUCCCCUUGUCCCCAUGUGGUAAAUGCUUGACCUUCUCUGCACUCCCAUGGUAGAACACUCUGCCCGUCUGUGUAUACAAAGUUCCCUUGUUCCUUUCCAGCAUGGCAGCCAGGGAACCUCAGCCAUCUUCCUCAAUUCUCACCACCUUCACCUCCUCUCUAGUCAAUAAGAAACAGCCAGCUGAGAAAAUAGUUUCCCAUUACCUGCACCUUUCCCACAACUCUGUUGUCAUGGGACCAGGGGGCUAAAAAGCAAAAGCAUUACUGAGUUUGCUUUACUUCUGAGGGAGUCAAUGGUAGCAGGUGGUUGGGUUGGUGCCCUGUUUGGCUUCUCUACCUCAACAAAUGAUCUACCGGCAGGAUAUCGAUUAGCCGGCUAAAUAAACACUGCCAAAAGGUAUUGAAGAAGUGAAGUUGUCCUCCUUUUGAAGAUCACCUUGGGAUUCAUGGUGCACCUGAACUAAGGCUAUGCCACCUUGAAGCAAGGCCCUUGCAGAGACUACAUCAGAUACUUUUUACACUUGCUACCUUCAACGCCCUCCAACUCAUCACCCAGAGAUCUUCAAAGGAAGGACGUAGUAACCUUUUUCCCCAAAUCUCUAUCUUACUUAUCUGCCGUUGUCCUGUCUGUCAAUCCUUACUGUUCUUGCUGUUCUUGGCAUGGUAGCUUUCCCUCCCUCUCAUGGCUCCAUGCCAGCCAGAGUGUCUGAUCCACCCACACACAUACCACAUAUACACGCCUUGGUUUUAGAGUCGCUUUAAUUUGAAUCUCUUUUUUGGUCUGCCUUUGCACUGCUUGGCACACUCCAUGUAUAUUUCUCUGUCUGUAAUGUGGAGCUCUGUGGUUGUUGUGUGGCUUUGGUGAGGUCCUUGUCUGGUCUGUGGACAAACACCAGUGGCCUGUGUAAUUGUGAGGGGGAAGCUAACCCUGAGCUCAGGUUAAAACCAUGCUGACCAAGAUCAGUUUCAGAUCUAAACGUUGUCAAUAAAGUGGUGAAUUGGGAACAUAAACAGUGUGCAGGCCUUCUUUAUUAGCCCAGCACCAAAGUUUUAAGGAUGUGCUUAUGACCAUAAACAUUUCUAAAACCAUGCUCCAACCAUCAGAGACCACACAAAUAAGCCACUAAAUAACAAGUAUAUUUUCUCAAUUGCCAGAGACUUGAACAGAGUUGACCUCUUUUUGACCCUCUUACCAUGGAGAGGUUGUGGUUGGCUUUGAGAUAAUGCAGAGAUAGAAUAAAUAUAUUCAUCUUGCAUCAUAGCAGAGAUUAUUAAUUAUUGCUUAUUUUGAAAUUGUUUCAAAGGUAUAGAUUUGGUCUUUGACAUUGACUGCAAAAGUGAGUUUGGAAAGGUAUCAUGUGUCUUUUAGUAACAAAAAAAAACAUCUGAGCUAAGAGGAUCUAUAUGUCUCUAUUUACUUGGAUUGGAGGUGAAAUCCCAGGGAGUUUUAAAGGUGCUCUGUUGAGACUUGACAACAGCCUCCGCUGCCUUCUCCCCAUACUUUCCUCUGUUGGGUGUGAUUAGUGUUUUGAAGGAUUUCUUUGUCGCUGAUCUCUUUUUUUUUUCUGUAAGGCAAUCUGGCUUGAGAAGUGAAACUUUUGGCAACUCUUGCUAGAAAUGUGAUUCUUUCCAUUUCCCACCAAGGCUGCUAUGAGCCCAAAGUGACACCUUUGCAUUAUUUGAUGUCAUGUUGACAUUUCAUACCCUCAAACCAGUGGGCAUAUAACUUUUUUGCUUCAGAAAUAGUGCUGUUUUUUGUCUGUUCUAUAUGUAUCACAACUGUAUUUCUAUGUAGGAUAGGCAGGCCCCCUGAUGACUAAAGCAGCCGGAAGGGAGGAUGACGGCAUUCACAGGCCACCCUUUCAUCCUGUCCCUGUGGCUGCCUGCACUCUUGACCAUGGCAGUCCAACAGCCUGUGAAAGAUGGUUACAGGGUGCGUGUGUAGGGGUGCUGUCAGCAAGACAGAAUGUAUCCAAAGGAGGGACCACCGGGAAAGCCUUCCAAAUAGUGGCCCCACAACGCCCCCAGGAGAGUCAGUAGGGGGGAUAAGGGGGGGGGGGGGGGGAUCAAGGUGGAAGCUCCAUUGUACAGAGCCUAGAAGGCAAUUGGAUAAGCUAGGUAACCUAGAGAUGGGAAAGAGAGAUGGCAGGGACGAUGAGGGCUUCUGUUGGGGGCCUUUGUAGCUUGAAACGUGGGGGGUGGGAGUGUGGCGGGCGAUAUUAUCCUUUAAGGAUCCAAAGUCCUACAUGCACACACAUGCAAAACUUUGGGGAGGCCUGGUAGUGAAAUUCAAGAUGGACAAUUUUUUGGGGGGGGUUUCGCUUCAUUAACAAAUGCAGGAUGUUUUUUCAGUCCUGUUACAUUUUACAUUUUAGUCAUUUAGCAGACGCUCUUAUCCAGAGCGACUUACAGUUAGAGAGUGCAUACAUUAUUUUUUAUUUUUCAUACUGGCCCCCCGUGUUGUACUUCAACUCUAACAUCUGGUGUCUAUGGGCUCCUCUUUGAAAACCAAUGAAUGGAUUCCUAAGUUAAAAGCUACUCUCUGUUGAGUUGUGGAACACAAGGGAAUGGCUAUGGUGUCAUACCAUUUUUGCAGUCUUUUUAUACUAUAGCCUGUGUCAUUUUUGUAGGAUGUGCACUAAUCUGUAGACUGCUUUAGGAUCCUUCUAAAAUCAGUUUACGAUCUUUACUAAACCUGCCUAUAUAACAAUCUCUCAUCAAUUCCAAGAACUUCAGUUGGAUUCGAUGACAAUUUUUGCCCAUGGUUACUCUCUAUGUAUUACAUAUCUAAGUCACAUACUGAAUUAGUCAGGUGGGGAAGAAACGUGAGUGUUGUCUGCAUAGUUGUCGUGCUGCUACAUGCCUGUCUUUCCCUGCAGUGAGUUGGAAAAGCGAACGUCCCUUGGGCCAUAUGAGUAGGGUUUCUUCAAGGUUUUACAGUACUGCUGGGGACCUGUUUUGGCCCAAAUGAAUCAUUAUGCUCCUUGGGAAGAUGACAGUACUUUCCCUCUACCAAUCUACAGGAAAACCAAUGUAACAGUGUUGAAAGCAUGCUUCCGAGCAAUUACUUACUAGUUAUGCCUCCAAAAAGAUUAAUUUGUUACCCACUACCAUACAUUAUGUACUAUUUCUGCAAUUCUCUGUUGUUGCGUCUUUAGGAGUAUAAGUCCAGCUUGAUUGUUUGAGAUUUGAAUUGGAAUCAGGGCCGUGUUCUGUUUCUAACCUGAGAGAAAUACUGAUCCACUCAUGACACUUGUUGUUGGUUCCACAGUGACAUCAGCAUGAAUAACAUCACAGAGCUCCCGGCAUUCGUCUUCAAGAACUUCCCCUAUCUAGAAGAACUGUGAGUAUUCAUCUUUUCUUGUACAUUACCCAAUACAGUUUUUGUCACAUGCAUAUGAUAAUCAGUGGUUUUCAACCACAACAGACCAGUUGUAUUAUGUGUUUGAUCAACAAGAUAUAAAGAACCCUGUAGUUUAUUUUACACCAAAGAGUCAUGCCAUUGUAGAGUCGGCUAAGUUGCAGUGUUUUCACAAAGGGCGAAAAGUACCAUGACUAUAGGCUAUGUAUGAUUCUAGAGAAAAUCUAUGUGAGAUGCAUCACGUUCUUUCUUUGUAUUUUAUUUGAGAAUUAACAGGAUGGCAACUGCAUGUCUCAGUUCUGGGACCCAUUCAAUGAGCAUAUCUAAUCUUAGCGUGUGUUUGUCAUCUCUUUACUCUUUAAAUACCCCUCUGUCUGGUUCAGAGCUGGAAGUAAAGAUAAGAUCUGUCUACCUGAUAUCAGGUAACAUGCAACCCUGAGAAUGCAAAAUGACCAGCUAACACUAUUCUGCUCCCAGUGCUGCUUUUGUAUCCAUGUUAUUUUAGCCUGUGUGUCUUUCAUCUCGAACCAGUCUUCGCUCUCUUCUUUUCCAAACACUAGGCCUACUUCAUCUGUUUUGUCAAAGGGCAAUUUACUUUUCAUCGCAUUGUAAGUGGAGGAAUGCAAGGCAGGAAGGAAGAAGGCAAAACAAUGGUUUCCAUGACAACCAGGCUAAAAACGCACCCUCGCUGCACUCUACCACUCAACAUUACCUUUCAGGCAGGGGCAGGGGUCUCUGCCCAGUGUCAUAUAUACAUAGUGAAACCUGUUCUCUGGGUUCCAUCCUGCUCUGGAGCUGAGCAGUAGGCUUGGGAGAUUCCCCGGGGUACGGUAUAUUUCGAAAUACUGACGGUAUGAUUUUCAAUACUGUUUUAAAAGGUGCGGCUACCACCACCCUUUAACUUUGUAGUUAACACUAAGAAAUCUAAGACGUGUAAAUUAUAUUCGUGAGGCUCCAAUCAUCUGUUUGCUCUUACAGCUAGUGCUAUGUCAAUCAGCUCUUGGUUCAGCAACAUUCAAUCCUCCUGAUCAGAUCCUUUUUGCCUAAUUGUUCUGUGCCCAAAAAAACUAAACAAAGUUUUUGUUUCGUUUGAAUAGCGCCCCUUGGUGACUGCCAGUAAUACGAAUACCCCGUAGGUACAGAACUGAAUCGGAUACGCCACCACACACACUGGGCCUACGUGAUGUGUUCGACCUGUUUGUUGCAGUUCUAGAGUUUAUUUGUGUUGUUGCCUAUCCUUGAACAAUCAGUUAUUGAGUGACUGAGCGAUGGCUCUAGCCGUGUGUGUGCGAACCCAGCCACCUGAGCACUAAGGGGACAUGCCCAGAAAGGAACAUUCCCUCUCUGAUAGUCACGCAACCCUCCUUCGCACACACCUCCCAUCCUGAACAAAGCACAACACAGCCUAGCCACCAUGCUGACAGAUCAAGAGAUGUAGGGGAGUCGUCCCCCUCAAUUUGUGUUUAGUGUGCUUAAGGUUGUGUGUGCACGUGUGUAUGUGUCUGUGUGUCUGCACACAUUUGUCUCCAUGAGCGUGUGUCCCUAAUCUCUUUACUUUCUGAUGUUGUAAACGUCUAUGUUGUCUACCAGUGAAUGUAUUAGUGAAAUAGAAUGGCUGUGGGAGUGGUGCUACAGAAGGGGAGGAUUUAGUCUUUCCUCGACAAGGCUUAGCACAUUCUUCUGCCCUCAUCAAAGCCUAGAGGGACGUGUUCUGAAUUUGUUGAGAGAAAGGGAAUGGGUGGGGAGGUUCUUCACCCUGAAACGUGAAGGAUGUCUUGGCAAUUUGUUAGCAGGCCUGCGUGUGGUGGCUGGGCCGUAGACAUGUGGGCGUUGACCAGCUCCAAGGCUGUGGACGUAAAGUUUACAGUACCUUAUAAAUCUGGCAGACACACUAACCACAUACAAUUUGCACAUAAAUCCUACUCUGCUUUCAAACUUGAAGCUGUAUUAUUGGAGUCCUAGAUUCAUAUAAAGCAUUGGGUGCAUUUAGUCAAAUUAGGCCUAAUUCAUUUUGUUUUCAUUUUCUCGAUUAUCUUACAAAUGUUGUAAACCAAGAUUGUUUAAACUUGUUUUUGCUAAAUAAUUGUCAGUAGUUGGGAUUGCAAUUGCAGACAAUUUAGUGCAAUAGAGUCAAGGAGUAGGCUUGAUUUAUGUGCAUGAAACUGGCCCUUUUGACUACAAGUGCUUCAAGAGUUCAAUUACUGCUGGGAAAUAAUGAAAAUGCUGUCAAAAGGCAACAAUUCAGUCAAUGAAUAGUUGACAAAGACACAUGAGAAUUGAUUUGGUUGUUUGAUGGUGAAGUGUGUCCUGUGGAAUCCACCACUGGAAGGCAAUCAUUUGGUUUGAGCCAGAGCCAAGUCAAGUUGGAGCGCAUGAACCAUUAUAUAGCCUUCCAAAUCCUAACCAUGUUUGUCACCCACAACAAAUAUGUUAUUGUAAACAUGGUCUGCCAUUGGAUCACAGUGGAAGUCUGCCACUAGUGUUUGUGUGUUUAGACUAGAGACCCUGUCAUAUGAUGCUGUCUGGUUGUCAUAUGAUGGACCAACAGUGUUCGACAUCCCUGGAAGUGUGUCCCCCAGUAGGCCCCAGUAAGGGGGUGCGUUGUAGGGUUGUAUUCGGGCAUGGUGGGAGUUGUUACUCAGAUUCCCCAGGCUCUCAGGCUCACUCCCAGCAGCUAUUGGCUGCAGGAUAAUCUAACGCCACCCGACUCAAGUUGCAGAGGGUGAUCAAUCUGGUGCUAAUCUCCCAGGCCAGAUUUGGUGGAGCUAUGAGUCCCUGACAUUCCGCCCCCACAUGAUUAUUCACACGUCCAGUUCCUCCUGAUAUCCUGGCUGGAAGGGAAGGGGAGGUAGACCAGGCCCAGGAGGGGAAACCCAGGUCCAGUCCUUAUGCGGCCACUCUCUUCCCAGAGUAUCUGGUGAAGUGACAACAUGCCGUCGCACUGACAGGUCGCUCUGGCACCCCAGGCGUUAUGUUAUGUUAUGCUAUGCUUGAUAACACAAACUGGAGCCUGUGAGGUGUUUUCAUUAGUUUUUUUGGUUGAUGACUUUCAAUCUUGUAUGUAUUAACAUUUCAAAGUGAAGCUGUUAAAUUGACUGCUUUGAAAGUUGUAUCAACAACAUAUAGAUUACUGUAUGAAUCAUUGUUUAGCUUUCGAUGCAAAUAGAAAUUUAUCACCAUAUUUUUCUCUUCCCCUCUCUUUCUCUCUUUCUUUCUCUUCCUCUCUCUCUCUACCUCAGACGACUGGCAGGAAAUGACCUCUCAUUCAUCCACCCUGACGCUCUGUCUGGACUGCAUCAGCUCAAAGUCCUGUAAGUAUGCCACUCAUUGGUCCUACACACACACUUACAACACGCACACACAGACAAACACUCAUAUAAUACCUGUAUGUUCUGUGACAGUACAUUGAGCCAAGGGUUCAAAGUCCAAUACUGGUGUGUGCUCGGGCACAACCCACACAAAAGCAAACACACAGACAUUCACACACACACACACACCUGUAAAUAAAACUGGUGAAUGAAAUACAGGUGAAUGAAAUAAAACAGAGGUGUUCACUUCCUUCCCAACGAGCGGUGGCCAUAUGACGUGUGUGUGUGAGUGGAGGCAGGAAACCAGAGGGCCUGUUCCCCUGGGCCCUAGCCUGCUUUGACGACAGAGACUACUGAUAGUGGAGAGGAAGGGAGAUAGUCACCAUAACCACAUCUGUGUCCAGUAGAGACUAGGAUCCACAGACAGAUACUAACGCUCUUCACUACAUGGUCAAGUACUCACGUCCCACAUAAGAAGAAUACUACACUUUACUAUAGAAUACUACAGUACCUACUAUAUAAUUCUAUAGUAUAGUGUCGAAUACUAUACUACAAACUGUAGUAUCCCUCGAUCAUGUGUAGUACUAGUAGUAUGUACUUUUGUAGUAUACUGUAGAAUACUAUAGUAAAUACAACAGUAUUAUCCACAAAAAACACAGUAGUAAGUACUGCAGAAAUAUCAGCAAAAACACAACAUUCUGCAAUUUGUGCCACCUGUAAGUGAGAAACAUACAUGCCAAGUAUAGACCAUAUACACUGAGUGGACAAAACAUUUCCUUGACAUAAACUGACCAGGUAAAUCCAGGUAAAAGCUAUCAUCCCUUAUAGAUGUCACUUGUUAAAUCCACUUCAAUCAGUGUAGAUGAAGGAGAGGGGAGACAGGUUAAAUAAGGAUUUUCAAGCCUUGAGACAAUUGAGACAUGGAUUGUGUAUGUGUGCCAUUCAGUGGAUGAAUGGGAAAGACAAAAUAUUUAAUGGUAGGAGGUGCCAGGCACACCGGUUUGGGUGUGUCAAGAACUGCAACGCUGCUGGGUUUUUCAAGCUCAACAGUUUCCCGUGUGUAUCAAGAAUGGUCCACCGCUCAAAGGACAUCCAGCCAACUUGACACAACUGUGGGAAGCAUUGGCGUCAGCAUCCCUGUGGAAUGCUUUCAACACCUUGUAGAGUUCAUGCCUCGACAAAUUGAGUCUGUUCUGAGGGCAAAAUGGGGUGCAACUCAAUAUUAGGAAGGUGUUCUUAAUGUUUUAUACACUAAGUGUAUUGCGUUCCCUAUGGUUAUAGAAAAGAGGAGAAGCUCUGAACUUUCCGUUCAGACCCCAGUCCUACCUACCUACAGGUUAUGGAAAAUGUGGUCUUUUAGUAUUUCUCCAGUAGGUUUAGUCAAAGAGAAAGCCCCCCACUUCUAUGUCAUAGACAAUAAAAUAACUUUAGUAAAUACCACAGUAAUGUCCGCAAAAAUACUACAGUAGAUACUACAGUAUACUACAGUCCGCAAAAAAGCUACAGUAAUUACUAUAGAAUAUACUUUUUUUUUUACUAUAGUAUUUAUACUAUAGUAAACUGUAAGUGAGUAAAGUCCACUGUGAAUACUAUAGUAUUCCUACCAUAGUAUACACUAUAGUAUUUUUUCAUAUGGGAUAUGCAUGCAGAAACAAACGUCUGUGCUCAGACACACACAUCCUCCCCACAGUCAAUUAUACUCUAAUACAUGCUGUACACACUACCUCACUCCGAACCCAUACACAAGCUUAUGCAACAAAGCCUGAGGUGCUAGUUAGAGUCAAUGACGUUGACCCUUUACAGAGAUAAGAGGUUGAGAGGCUGCAACACUUUGUGAUGCUUUUGUGUUCGUUUUCAAUUUACAUUUUAGUCAUUUAGCAUACGCUUUAAUCCAGAGCGAUUUGCAGUAGUGAGUGCAUACAUUUUCAUACUGUGUUCACACUUUAACUCAAUACAGAGCUGAUCUUCUCAUUCUCGUAUGCACCACAUGACUGCUGGUUGUGCAGAAAUUGUAAUGAGGAGGCAUGUUGGUGCGACCACAGUUCAGGUUAUAAAACGGUGUUCUCUCCCUCAGGAUGUUGCAGAAUAACCAGCUGAAGACUGUUCCAAGUACAGCUCUAAAGAACCUCUACUCUCUACAGUCUCUGUGAGUCCCCCUAUCUCUUCAUCCAUCUGGAAUUACACGACUGUGCACACACACACACCUUUUAGAGACUUGAAAUGGCAAAACUCCUCAAAUGGACAUCGUAAGCAUAAUCAUGACAAUUACAAUGGGAAGCAUUCACUCUACAAUCCAAUUGAACUAAUAGCUUCCUCUAGACUGGUCUGCAUCAUUGCACUAACCUUCACACAGCUCACACAUAACCAUCUGGUUAACAUGCUGUCUCUACCCCCCACCACGUUGCAUUCACCAACAGUUAGACAUCCUGGAUUUAUUUAUGUGGUUGGUUUUUGCCUGUAUGGGUUUGAAAGGGAUGUGUGUGGGUUGUUAUGCUUCCUAGACACUGCAGGGCUCUACAGUGCGACCAAUUUUGAAUAUUUUGCUAUGCGACCUGGAAUUUUUAUUUAGGAACACCAGUGUGCCUAGAAAAAUUAAGGAUUCUAGCUUUAAUAACUCAAAUAUUUUUCAUUGUGCUCCUAUAUGUCUUUGUGUGCUCCUACAUUUUUCAACUUAGGCGCACACGUGCUCCUUGUAAAGGUCAGUGUAGAGCCAUGCACUGGUUUCCAAAUCCCCAGCUCCCCAGCGUCUCUUUUCUUUGACUUAGUGACUCUCUGUGACUACUGCAUGUCACUCUCUGAGGGACUAUGACUGAGCAUUACUCCAUCUUUGUUUCCCCGUGCCUCUUUGACUCUGACUGUGAAUAGUGUAGGAUGAGAUCCAGCUGGAAGCCUGGUCUGGGACGUGCUGAAAAUCCAGCUUUCUGCCAUUAUCACCUCUCCAGAUCCUUUCCCUCAGUCCCAUGAUUUGCCUCUUUUGUCCUUCUCUUUUUUUGCAGAAGUCUUUUCUCUCUUAGGGGUUAAGGUCUGUAGCUGAAGUAAUAUGUUUUGGCAGAGCCUAGCUGGGUUUCUAUAAUGCCUUUGAGAGUUAGAUGUCAAUCAUCGUGCCUUUCUGCUUCCAACACAGACUCGUAGGGAAUUUAGAGGGGGAGAGAGAGAAAUGGAGUCAUGGAGGUGGAGAGAAAGAGGGAGAGGGGAGAGGAGAGUGAAACCCAGCUAGGCUGUGAAGGGAAGAGCGGAAUUACAAAGGGAUAGAGCUUUUGUUGAGGAAGAGCGCGAACGUUGUGAUACCAGCAUUAAGGAGCAUGUUUCAUGAAUGAUGAACAGAAUGUGCAGCAGCAGCCAAAUACAAAACUAGAAAGGUUAAGAUUUAGUAGAAACCUUGAUUGUCAAACAAAGCUAUUUAAAACAUUUUAUUGUAGUCCUCACCAGAACAGUCUAAAUAGUUAGAAGUAAAUACAGAAUAUUUAGAAGAAUAAUGAAAUUCCAAUUUGUAUAGUAACACCAUACUAUACAUACAUUAUAAUGCAGUAGGCUAUCCAAUGGGUCAUUCAAAUAUUUGUGGUUGAUAAGAGUAAGGGAAAUGGAAAGCUGUUUAAAAAUGGAAGACCAUAGUGUAAUGUUUUUCUACUGAGGCAAUAGAAAUACCUCAUAAAUACCAUUCCUUACUUGGCCCUUCAUGCUCUCUCUCUCUCUUUCUCUCUCUAUGUUAUGUGCUGUUUCAAUAUGAAAUGCCCUCAACGUGAGAAUGUUAAUGGUGGUGAAUGUAUGACAGGAUUCACACAUUGCUGUGACAUAACUAGUAAGAUAAAGGUUUCUAAAAUCUAUUUCCCCCCCUCCCUCUGCAGACGUCUGGAUGCCAACCACAUCACAACGGUGCCUGAGGAUAGCUUUGAGGGCCUGCAGCAGCUCCGCCACCUCUGGCUGGAUGACAACAGCCUGACGGAGGUCCCAGUGGGCCCCAUGAGACACCAGGCUAACCUGCAGGCUCUCACCCUGGCACUCAACCGCAUCACCCACAUCCCCAACAAUGCCUUUGCCAACCUCUCCAGUCUGGUGGUGCUGUGAGUGCUGCAGAUCUAUCUAUUCCAGACCUGGGCUGAAAUACUAUUUAAAAUCUUUCAAAUACUUUUAGUGUUUGCUCCAGUCUGCCUGGAGUGCAAGAUGGACAGGGUUUGGACUCCUUGUGAUUAUUCUAUUGGUUCCAUUGUGCCUAUCACGACUCAGGAUAUGACCCAGAUGCAGACACAGGAGGCGGUUAGUACAGUUCUCAAUAAUAAUUUAUUAGAACACGGGGCAGGCAAAGGGCAGGUCGAGGGCAGGCAGAGGUUCGUAAUCAGGUCAGAGUCUGCCAGGUACAGGACGGCAGGCAGGCUCGGGGUCAGGGCAGGCAGAAUGGUCCGAACCGGGGAAACUAGGAAAUAAACACUUGAGAAACAAGAAAACGGGAAAGCACGCUGGUAAGACCUGACAAGACGAACUGGCAACAGACAAACAGAACACAGGUAUAAAUGCACAGGGGAUCAUGGGGAAGAUGGGCGACACCUGGAGGGGGGUGGAGACAAGCACAAAGACAGGUGAAACCGAUCAGGAUGUGACAGUGCCAGGCAAGCUCAGUAAACUCAAGAUAGUAUUUGAAACCCAUGUCUGAUCUAUUCAAGUCAAAACGGAGGAUCUGUUCUGUGCUCCCUCCCUUAGGGGAGAGUUUGGGGGGUUUCAACUCAUUGAUAAUAUACUGUAGAUUCAGAUGUAGGACCAAUAUUUGCUAUUUUUGGUGGAGAUUUACAUCUGUGUGGUAGCAAUUGGAAGAAGAACAUGUAGAAUCAUGGGUAAUAGAACUAUCUCUAUUUUAUUAUGAAAGACAGUUACAUGUAAGAUUAUUUUAAUGUUUUUAAACAAAGUGUUAAAGGAGCAAAUCAUCAGAUUACACUUCUCUACCAUUCAAACAUUGCAGAUGUUCAAAUUCAUUCCACUCCAAGUCAAAUGAAAUUCUCAGUUAAAUAUAUCAACAUACUGUAUGAAGCCAUCACUUACUGUGGAAUGCCCCUACAAACACAAAUGCACUCACUUGCACGCACACACACACACACACACACACACACACACACACACACACACACUCACAAGAAAAAUGCUAUUGCUGCAGGGCCCAGUUGGAGGGAAAAGGGACAUAGCUGUGUCCCUAGUGGCUGACAAGAAUAAACAGGAAGAAAAUACCUUGAAUCCAUCAGACUUCGACACACCAGCACUCACACUGAUACCUGACUUACCAAUCACUGUGAUCUCUGGUGAUAGCUGCAGAGGACAUUUACCUUUUACCUUAUGAAUAGAUUGAAUUGGGUCUUACUAUCAGGCAGGGAGUGUGGGAGAUGUGAAAAGUGCUGCAUUGUUCAUCCACAAAGGAUGGGAUGCCAUGUGGCGGAUUGAGCAUUUUGUUUUAUGUGUGUUGUAUGUCACUCAGAAUAGCUAUAUUAUAUCCUGCUUAAAAACCCAGACGGAACCCUAUGAAACCUCUCUGCAUGUUCAAUCACGUAGACUAGAUAUCCUAUACAUGUUCCUUCUGUUGUUCAAUGUCCGUUUUGGCUCGUCUGCAACAGUGAAGUCUAUUUUGAGCCGGGAAUGGAAUAUAAAUAUAUCCUUUAUCUUCCAGACAUCUGCAUAAUAACAGAAUUAAGGAGAUUGGGGAGAGCUGCUUCACGGGGCUGGAGAACCUAGAGACGCUGUAAGUACAUUUGAAUACAAACUCAUUAAAAGUGUGUGUGUGUGAGCCACCCACACCCAGAGCGGCCGGGACGUCAGUGUGUCCACUUCCUCCUGUAAUUGCUCCAGGAUAAAUGGAGCGGAGUCCAUGAUGGCUAUCUGCACUACCCUCCCAUUGUUCGCUUCCUCCUGCGUCACCAGCCUGAACAGUGACACAACAUCUUUAGUCCGGAGAGGACCGAGACAUUCUGACCUAUGGUUUAACAGCAGCCAUAUUAAACGUACCAUGGCUGUUACAAUCAUUUUUGCAGUGUCACACUCACUCACAACAUUGACACUGAUAAAGCAUAAAGAGAAUUGUCCGACCUACUAAAGGAGCCUACCUUAUAUGUGACCACUCCUGUCUGUCAUGGGAACUACAGUACACUUGGCUAUUCGUGAACACUGGAUAUCCCUUCAAGAUAAUGUUUUCUAGUGUAGUGCGUGAAGCUGGAAGAUCAAUAUUUUAGUAUCAUUAAGGUGACCAUAUGUUUGCACAGCACUGCUAGUGAAUGGUUACAGUAUGAUUGAGUGUGCUGUGGUGUGUGGUGUAAUGAUUAUGGAACUCCCUGCUCCUUUUGGCCCCUCAGGGAUCUUAACUUCAACAACCUGAUGACCUUCCCAGAAGCAAUCCAGGCUCUGCCCAAACUGAAGGAGCUGUGAGUACUGUCCCAUGACAAACGCAUGCACGCACACAGUCACAAAUGGAAGCACACACACACACACACACAAACCGACACCGACACACACACACAGGGAUGCACAUGCGUACACAGAUUCCCUUUGUGAGAUUAUUUUGAAUCUGAAACGUCAACUUUGAGUGAUUAGGUUGUUUAGUCAGGAAGUGGCAUGUGGCCUAGAGGUGAUAUCCUUUUCUGAAAAAAGAGGAGACCCCUAGUCUUUUCUCCAGUGUAACUGUAGUUGCGUGCAGGCUGCAGUGUUUCUGUAGAAAUGUGAGCUGUUGAUGUGUCUCAGUGGAACUGUGAACCUUGGCAGGGGGAGCUGAGAGAUUAAUGACGGGGUCUGAAUAGUGGCCCCAAGAAUACACUCCUCUAUCUGUUUUCCUUUCCUUUCUUUUGUUGCGCUCCUCUCCUGUCUGUCAGGGGUGUAGUAAAGAGAGAGGCUCUCUUAAUGUUCCUGUACAAUGGUUUCUUGAUCCCUUGAACUUUUGAUGGAUCUAAGGGACAUGUCUACUAGAUAAAAGAUGCAGGCACCUUAGGUACAUUACCUGGGCUUUGUCUUGAACAAUAGAUCAUGACUUCACAACGUUUGAUGUGGACAGUAACAACUGUUCUCCAGAUGGUGUUCUUUCAUAUUUCUGAUGGAAAAACAAUAAUGAACAGAUAUGGAAUUUACCAUGUUUUAUGACCUUUAUACAGCAGUAUAGAUUCAUUAGCAUUAAAACCUUCAAUCAAAUAACUGACAUGCACUAGAUUGAAAGAAGCCAUAUAAUGGUGAAAACUGGAAUUAGCCACAUUAAGUACAGAAAUCAGGAAGCUAUAGCAGAACAUGCAUACAGAAUUAGUGGUCAUUUACAUAUUGGCAACUAUAACAGUUUACUUAAUUUGGACCCAUCUGUUUUCCUAAUCACAAUUUGUAUCUUGUUCUCGUUCAGCUGUUGCAACUGUAUUAUUGCACAUUUAAUAUUCCACCUUCAUCCCAAAUAUGUGUAUUCAAACAGUGUGGUUAGAAUAAUUGUUUCACUGUGUAUGUUUUCAUUUUCCUCCAGUGGAUUUCACAGCAAUGACAUAGCAGCCAUACCUGAGGGAGCCUUCCACAGGAACCCUUUGCUCCGCACCAUGUAAGGCCAUACUUCAAAACCAGUCCUACUGUCAACAAAUACUAUUGAAUAGAACCUUAAGCCUUCACAUGUUCAUGUACUAGCACAGUGUUCCCCAACUCCAGUCCUCCAGUACCCCCAACAGCACACAUUUUUGUUGUAGCGCCAGACAAACUCACCUGAUUCAACUCAUUGAGUGCUUGAUGAUUAGUUGACCAGUUGAAUCAGGUCUGCUUGUCCGGGGCUACAAAAAAUGUGUACUGUUGGGGUUAGUCCAGGACUUGGGAAACACUACUAGUAUGUACAGUUGAUCAUAUUUACACACAUAACUGACUGACUGACAGCACCCAGCUGGUAAUAUAGUGACUGACUGACAGCACCAAGCUGGUAAUAUAGUGAUUGACUGACAGCACCAAGCUGGUAAUAUAGUGACUGACUGACAGCACCAAGCUGGUAAUAUAGUGACUGACUGACAGCACCAAGCUGGUAAUAUAGUGACUGACUGACAGCACCAAGCUGGUAAUAUAGUGAUUGACUGACAGCACCAAGCUGGUAAUAUAGUGACUGACCAUGGGCCCUAGAAGAAACUUGUCCAGAAGAUGGUGCCAUUCUCGCAUAGUAAAUGAGUUUACUAUCAGAGUCCUCUUCGCUUAUCUUCCCCAGCCACCUGUAUGACAACCCCCUGUCCUUUGUGGGAACUUCAGCCUUCCAGAACCUGUCUGACCUGCACUCCCUGUAAGUCCCUGUCCAUAUCUGUUAGAAAACCAAGUCUGGUACUCUGAACAUUGUAUUCAUAGUGUGGUAAUGAUCUCUGAAUUGACUGAUUUACAAUAACAGUGUAUGAAAUCACCAUGUGAUACCAUACACUGAAUAUCGCUGGUGCUCAGGUGCUUAUUUCAUACCAUGAUCUAAUGUUAGGAGUGGACAGUUAUUCAGACUAAAGUUACAGUCUCUGGUCUGGCAUGCCUGUUUGCAUUCUAACCCUGUGAGGUAUGUGUUUCAGGAUGCUACGUGGAGCCAGUAUGAUGCAGGAGUUUCCCUGUCUCACUGGGACUAACAACCUGGAGAGUCUGUGAGUGCACAAUACAGCAGACUCUUUACAUCAACAUACACAACUGACACUGACUGACAAUGUUAUAAUGAAUGUGUUCAUGUUAGAUAUAUUGUGAGUGAAUUCGUUUUUUUGUUCUGCCUAGUUUGAGGUCAAGUGAGACAGUUUGUCAGUGGUAAUUGACUCAGAGUUUCUUUCUCAGCACUUUGACAGGCACAAAGAUUGCUGCCAUACCGGUUGAGCUCUGUGAGGAUCUCAAGGUGCUGUGGACUCUGUAAGUAUCCCCAACCUCACCUCUCACCCUUAUCCUACCUUAUUAAUCUAUUUCACAUAAAUGCCGGUGACAUUCCAGAUUACAUUAUUUAAUCCUUUUGCUUCAUCAGAGACCUGUCCUACAAUGAGAUUGAGGAGCUGCCUUCCUUCCAGGGCUGUCUAAAGCUGCAGGAAAUGUGAGUAUGGUAUAUUGUUGGGAAUAUGAGCAAGAGCACAAACACAUUUUUUAACAUUACACUCAAGAUGACCCCCAUCUUCUACCUUUUUCUGAGUGUAUAUUGUGUGUUCUGUCCUAAUUAUAGAAGCCUGCAGCACAACCACAUCCAGCAAAUCGACAGGGACACCUUCCAGGGUCUGUCUGCCCUGCGCUUGCUGUGAGUACACACACACACACACACACACACACACACACACACACACACACACACACACACACAGUCUUGUACAAACAGACACACACACACACACACACACACACUUGCAGCCUAUAGUACCUUGAGGCUUAAAGGUGAAGGGCCUAAGUAGAUCUCAUUGGAAAUUAACUCAGUUCUGCUUUCACUAGCUCAUGCCAGUGGCUAAUUUUAAAAAAGCAUGCUUAAUUUGCUGCCCUGAUUCUUAAUGAACACAUCAUUAAGUCAUUUCUUUCCUGUAGGGACCUGAGUAGAAAUGAAAUGAAAACCAUCCACAGAGAUGCUUUUCUCUAUUUGACGGCGCUAACAAACCUGUGAGUAUGACACUGUACUGUGGUAAAAACGAAAUCUGUGAAGUCAUGAUAACAAAUACAUUACUGUUUAAACAUAUCUGUGUACAUAUGCUAGUGUGUUCCAGGAAUUUAUGCUAAUAUGUAUUGUUUGGUUUCAGAGACCUGAGUUUAAACUCGCUGACCAGCAUUCCAACAACUGGACUGAGUUCCCUGAACCAACUGAAACUCACAGGAAACCUGCAGAUUAAAAAUGUUUUUACUGCAAAGAGCCUCCCCAAACUCAGGUCAGAAUCCAAGUAAUUCAUCCAAAUGACCUCACUCUUUCCUGAACUAGAUGUGAACUUACUGUAGGGCCAAACCCAAUUCACUUACAAUAACUAAACUUAAGUCCAAUUGUGAGGUUGGGGUCACGCAACACUUUGAAUGAUAAUGGUCCUAUUGUGGUCUACAGGUCAGUAUCAGUUCCCUAUGCUUACCAGUGCUGUGCAUUUGUGGGAUGUGAUUCUUCAACAACUUCCACUGAUGAGGAGGACAUCAAGAAGGUUACAGGUGAAAACAUAUCAUUAGACCACUCCUGAUGUCAAAAUGUGUUGUUCAGAGGAGGGAUAAAAAGUAUAUUGAAAUCUUUGUGUUCCAGGUGGAGAAGAAGUGGAGAGGAUAUCAAUGGUAAUGCACUGCUCUCCCUCGCCAGGUAAACCACAGUCACUUUAUUGUCAUCUACAGCAUUGAAUUGUGUACAUUAUCACACCUCUUACUAACUGAAGGCUGACUCUGUUUCUCCCCUCCAGGAGCCUUCAAGCCCUGUGAGCACCUCCUGGGCAGCUGGAUGAUCCGUCUGACCGUGUGGUUCAUCUGCCUGGUGGCUCUGAUCUUCAACACCCUGGUGCUGGCAGCCACCUUCUCCCGCCGGGCCUCGGCCCUCUCCCCUGCCAGACUGCUGGUUGGCCUCCUGGCCCUCACCAACCUGCUCACUGGGGUCUAUGUGGGGGUGCUCACUGUCCUGGAUGCUGCCACCUGGGGCUCCUUCGCUGAGUUUGGGGUCUGGUGGGAGACGGGGGUGGGCUGCUGGGCGACAGGGGCCCUGGCGGUGUUCUCCUCAGAGUGGGCGGUGCUGCUGUUGCCCCUGGCGGCUGUGGAGCGCAGCGUGGCGGUGAGGGGGCUCCUGGGGAAGGUCAUCUCGCCCAGGAGGAGCAGCGAGAGGGGGGUCUGGGAAAGACGCUUCGCCCUGGCAGCUGCUCUCCUGGGGCUCCUGGCGGCUGCAGCAGCCUGCCUGCCCCUCUUCAGUACCAGCGACCCUUCAGCCUCCCCUCUCUGUUUACCCUUCUCUGGCGGUGAGGGCCCUGCGCUGGGGGUCACUGUGGCCCUGGUGUUGCUCAAUGCCCUGGCCUACCUGUUCACAGCAGCAGUGUACACCCAGCUGUACUGUGUCUUGGGCAGGGCGGAACUGGCAGACCAGGAGCAGGCAGGGGCCGUACGCCACGUGGCAUGGCUCAUAUUUACCAACUGCAUCUUCUUCUGCCCUGUGGCAGCCUUCUCCUUCGCCCCUCUGCUGGCCAGGUCUGGCACCGCGGGGGGCCCUGAGAUCGCCAAGUCCGUUACGCUCAUCUUCUUCCCCCUUGCCGGCAUGCCUUAACCCCGUGCUCUACGUGUUCUUCAGCCCCGCCUUCCGGGAGGACUGGCUGCGGCUGCGGGGCCAUGGAGCUGUGGCCCGGGGGGUGAAGGCUGGUCAGUGUGCAGGGGGCUCUGGGGCUGUGGACAGGGACUCCUCUACAAGGCUGGGCUAUGACUGUGGGGUGUACUCCCAGCUUUGUGGGGAAACAGGCGUGUGUGAGCGCUGCGAGGCGGCUCUACAUGCCAGGACCUCUUCCUCCUCAUCAUCAUCAGUCUGCAGACACUUGGUGAAGUCCCACAGCUGCCCAACCCUCUCGGCUGGUGCAGCAGCGUGCCAGCGUACGGAGGGCUACUGGGAAGACAGCGGCACGCCCUCAGCCCAGUCAGAGUACGCUGACGAGGGGGACUCGUUUGUGUCCGACAGUUCAGACCAGGUGCAGGCCUGUGGACGAGCCUGCUUCUGCCAGAGCCGAGGGCUCCCUCUGGUCCACUACGCAUACAACAUACCUCGCAUCAAAGACUGA